AAUGAAAUAAUUUAGCAUAAAUUGCUUAUAAUAUUUAUUUUCAGUAACCCUUUUGAUUGUGGGCUAAAUGUUUGUCAAUCUGUUUAAUCAGUAGAAUAUGAAUUUAUUGUUUAUUAUAUUGUUUUCAGUAUUCCUUUUGAUUGUGGGCUAAAUCGUAUAUUAUCUUUAAAUUAUUCAAUUAUUCUUUAAGUUAUUUUUGUUAUAUUUGAUGACCGUGACCUAAAUUAAUGUAUUAUAUUUUGAAGACUGUACUUCAAGGCGGCCCCUAUGUUAAAUGUAAUGUAAUAAAUAUUAUCAAGCGAUAUCAUUAUCGUACAGAUAGUAUUUAUGAUAUCGCCAUGGGUCGGGUAAUAACACCUUUAAAUAACAAGGCACGGGUCAUCAGUCCAGUCUCGACGACGCAUCGGAAACAUUGCCGAUCAGUGUGCGUUGUCUUGCGAUACAUUAAAACAAUCAUUGAGAAACAGUGUAUCAUUUAAAUAUUAUUAACAUUAAUAAAUUGCAAAGUUUUUCAAUAUACAGUCCACUACAAUAUUUUUAUUUUUAUCAAUUAAAAUUGUAAACUGAGCCGAACAUUGGUCCUAACGAACCGGAUCAGAACGUGCGCGUCAAUUGGUACACACAUUGCGACCAAUUUGACUUACAAGUCCAUAAGUAUAUGGUAAAAUAUCAAGAAAGAAGACAACUAAUCAGGUGAGUGAGUCUAGCAAUUUAGCACCUAUUGAAAUAAAAACGGCUUUAUUUCCAUAAUUUAUAAUAUUAUCCUGUCCUUGUAUUAAAAUAAACAUUGUUGGGGAAUAUAUAUCCACAUCAUUAUAUCAGUAAAAACGGUAGAUAGGGGGAAAGGUCGAUCAUAAUGCCUAAUGAAAAUAACGAAUUGGCUGCUUUCGUUCUACGCCGUGGACAGAUAAAAGCACAACUCACUCGUUUUCAGACAUUUCUAAAUGAGCCAAAGUCCGAGAUCAAAACGCAAUUAAGAUUAAGGGCUGAGAAAAUUCGCGAAGCAUGGAGCGAAUUCGACGCAAUUCAAAACAAUAUCGAAAUGUUAGACGUUAGUAAUAAUGAACAAUUACAAUAUAGGUCUGCGGUUGAAGAUCUAUAUUUCGAUUUAAUGACCCAAGUUGACGAUAGGUUAUCAGGAACCAACGCGUCCGUACAAGAUCAACAAACGGUACAGGGUGAUCAAAUCGAAGUCACAAAAAAUCAUAAUUUUUCAUUAGUAAAACUCAAACCGUUAGAGAUUCCUACAUUUUCGGGAAAGUUCGAGGAUUGGGUUACAUUUCAAGACAUAUUUUGCGCAUUGGUACACACAAAUAAAUCAAUAACAGAUAUUGAAAAAUUUUGUUAUUUAAGAAAUGCACUAGAAGGUGAAGCUAGUUCAUUAAUUAAAAAUUUAGAAACAUCGUCAACAAAUUACGAAAUUGCGUUGAAAAUAAUUACAACGAGGUACAACAAUACUCGAAUGUUAAUCCAAACACAUACGAAGCGCAUAUUCGAUUUGGAACCGAUUAUCAAAGAAUCGGCUAUUAAGUUAAAAAACUUAACCGAUUCACUAAAUGCACACAUUCAAGCAUUAAAAGCAUUAAAACAUGAUCCGUACAAUUGGGGUGCAUUGCUACUUCAUGUAAUUUAUACAAAACUUGACACAAAUUCAAUACGUCAGUGGGAAGUGGAAGUGUUGAGAGACGACUUACCGAGUGUGCAGUCAAUGAUGGAGUUCCUGGGAAAGAGAUGUCAAAUGUUGGAGUCAGUCGAAAAUGCAAAAUUGUUAAUAUUCAAGCAAAAUGAUUCAAAUUAUUCGUCAACCAAAACCUCAAAAUUUGGAACCUCGAAAAAAGGGGCAUCGACAUUUCUAACAACGUAUAAAAUGAAAUGUUACUUGUGUCAGCAACCGCACCCAAUAUAUAAAUGUACUGUAUUCCUAGCACUUGAUAUACCGUCUAGAAUAAGCAAGGUCAACGAGUUGAAAUUAUGUAAUAAUUGCUUAAAAAAAUCCGACCAUCAGGUAAAACAGUGUCCCGCAAAGAAAUGUGGAAAAUGCCAAAAACUACAUAACUCACUCUUACAUCAAGAAAAAGAAGCCAGCUCGGAAGAAGGAAAUAUACAAGGUAACGGAUCAAACGAUGCAGUAGUGGUAGCGCAUACUGUAGAUGCCGCCGAUACCGAUAAUCAAGUACUAUUGGCGACGGCAAUAAUAAAAAUAUCAAGUUCCGCAGGCAGAAAUAUACACGGCCGAGCAUUGUUAGAUAACGGCUCUCAAAGUAAUUUUAUUACGAACAAUUUGGUACAUAAACUUGGUCUUAAACGUCAUAAAGUAAAUAUACCGAUAUGCGGAAUAAGCGAGUCGAAGAACAAUAUAAAGUAUAAAGUAACAGCUGUCGUGCAAUCAUUAAAUAGUUCGUACGUAACAACAAUCGAGUUUUUAGUGUUAUCAAAAAUAACAGGUUCAUUACCACAUACACCUAUACGCGCCGUAAGCAUUCCAGACAACGUUAAUGUUGCAGACCCUUCAUUUAAUUGUCCGGCCAAUAUCGACGUUCUUAUCGGAGGCGAUACCUAUUGGGAUAUAAUGUGUAAUGAGAAAUUAAAAACCAAAGACGGUCCGUAUUUGCAAAACACAUUAUUCGGAUGGGUGGUUGUAGGCAAAACAUCAACACAAUUAAGUACAACAAAAUUAAAUUCGUGUCUACUAACAACUCAAAAUCAAUACCAAUUGCUGGAUAACAAAAUAGAGUUAUUUUGGAAAAUGGAGGAAUUAUCGUCGAAGCACAAUUUCACGGACGAAGAAAAAUCGUGUAUAACACAUUUUAACGAGAACCUCGCUCAAAAUGAGGACGGUAGAUUUAUAGUUAAAUUACCGUUUAAAGAAAAUUGUCAUCAGCUGGGUAACUCAUACACCUCAGCUCUACGUAGAUUUCUAUCAUUAGAAAAACGGUUAAUAAAGAAUCCCGAACUAUACAUGAAGUAUAUAAUGUUUAUGAGUGAGUACGAAAAUCUUAAUCAUAUGGAACGCGUUUAUGAUGCGGGCAGCGAUAAGCAGUUAAUCGAUUCCGCGAAAUAUUUUUAUCUACCGCACUCAUAUGUAAUUAACGAGCGUAGUCGAACGACAAAAUUACGCGUUGUGUUUGACGGGUCAGCAAAGACUAGUAGCGGCGUGUCAUUAAAUGACACACUAAUGAACGGACCAAAAAUACAACCAGACCUAUUGGAUAUCGUGGUACGUUUCAGAACACAUAAAUAUGCAUUUUCGGCGGAUAUAACGAAAAUGUAUCGUCAGGUGUUAGUUCACGAAGACCAUCGUGACUAUCAGCGUGUAUUAUGGAGAUCAGAUCCAAAUGAUGAAGUAAAAGUGUAUAGACUAUGUACUGUUACUUACGGGUUGGCGCCAGCAGGUUUUUUAGCAAUAAGUUGCAUCAACCAUCUCGGCGAUAAGACCACUAACAUGAAGUUAAAAGAAAUAAUUAAAAAUGAUUUUUGUGUAGACGAUUGUCUUACCGGGGCAGAUUCGUUGUUGGAAGCAAUUGAAGUGCGCAACGAAUUAAUUUCGAUUAUGCGAGGUGGAGGAUUUGAACUAUCGAAAUGGACAACGAAUCAUACAGAUUUACUUCCGAAUCAUAAUAAAAAUGAAAUGACGACCGUACCAAUGGAUAGGGAAAGCGUGAAAACUUUAGGUUUAUACUGGGAGCCAAAAAGUGAUUGCUACACGUAUGUCGUACAAGUACCGGAAGUAAAAAGUGAAGUAACAAAAAGACACAUUCUUGCCGGCCUAGCAACGUUAUUUGACCCAUUAGGCUUAGUAGGCCCGAUAAUAUUGGUGGGAAAAAUAUUGUUACAAAGUUUAUGGCGCGAAAAAAUCGAUUGGGACAGCCCAGUUCCACAUCACAUACAACUGGAGUGGGAAACAUACAAUAAUUGUCUAAAUGAGCUCAAUUCGUUUAGUAUACCUCGGUGGCUGGGUUCCAACAAGAAUAAACAAAUAGAGAUACACGGAUUCGCUGAUGCGUCUAUGAAGGCAUAUGGUGCAUGUAUAUAUAUGCGCACAAUAGACACGGACGGCAUCGUUAAAUCGCAAUUAGUAUGUGCAAAGUCUCGUAUCGCGCCAGUAAAGAUAGUGAAAGCACUAAAGCAAACCGAAGGCUCUUCGUUGAUUAUGCAAUGUUAA